UCAUGACGGCGGUGAUCUCGGUCUCGACGGCAUCCAGCCCUCGCUGGUGGACGGCCUGGUCGUAGGCGCCUUGGUGUGGAUGGCAUCGACCAAUUUGCCCGCCUUGACCCGCACUGCUUGGGGCGACGGAUGGUCAUCUUUGGCCUCGGCUGUGCCGCCCGCCGACUCCAUUGCCUCACAGCUGCAAAGACCGACACACAGACAUACACGCGCAGAAUGGUCCGUGCCUGCUCCGAUGUCACGACUCACACCUGCAGAAGAAAUGACACAGAUCAGGGCUGCCCGUGGAUGCUUUCUGCAU